AUGGGAAAUAAAGUGAAAGAAGAAGAUUACUUCUUUAAAAGACGCAGCACCAUAUGUGGUAAAUUUGAUACUUUGAGGAAACUUUUUCCCGAUGAUUUAACUGAAUCUGGAGAAUAUGCUUUUGGUGGUGGGCCGCUCAAAACUUACUGCCCUAAAUCUGAAAAAUGCAAUAACAAUAUCGAUAAAAUUGGUUCUGGAUGCUUAUGGUUAUUUAAUCAAUUAUAUAAGGAUCGUAUAGAUUUUUCGAAUAAUGCAAAUGACAAUAUUAUUAUUAUUACAUUCAUUUUUGGCUGGUUAAGUUAUAAGUUAAAUCAAAAAACAGAAAACGGAAUCGAUAAAUUAAUGGAUUUUUUUGACAAACAUAUGAAAAAUGUCGAUGAGUAUAACAAGUAUAUAGAAAAUAAUACGGAAAACAAGACGUAUGCUGAUCUUAUAAAUAAAAAUAAGGAAUUGAUGGAUAUUGAUAUUAAAAUUAUGUCUAAAUUUUAUGAUGCAUUUAAUAAUAUGUGUAAAAUGUAUAACAAUCUUUCAAAGGCGAAGAAUAAUGGCACGGAAUAUUUAAAAUAUGUUAAUAAUUUUGCUGAUAAUUAUAAUGCUCUUUUUAAUGAAACUAGCGGUAAUUUAUUUAAACGAGUACUGCCUGCUGUAUCAAACGAUUAUAAUUAUAUAAAAAGUACAUUAAAUGUUGAAUAUGUAAGGAAACAAUUUCCGGAACUUACAACGGAAAAAAAAACACAAAUUUCUUUAAGUUCUGAUGAAACACAAUUGGAUGACUCCUCAAGUGGAACAUCACCAUUAAAUUCUAAAACUGGAGUAUCAGAUUAUGAACCUGAAAUAUCAGAUUCUGAAACUAAAAUAUCAGAUUCUGAAACGACACUAUUGAGUUCAUUGAUAAUACACAAACUAAUUCCAAUUCCAUUUAUGUUUGUUGUAAUAUUAAUUUUAUUAGGAAUUGCAUAUAAGUAUUCGUUAUUUGGAUUUCGAAAAAGAGGUCAAAAACAAUAUUUAAGAAAAAAAAUAAAAAAAUAA